AUGACGAAAGAGGAUGAAAAAGGACGAAAAGGAACGAAAAAGGACGAUACAGGACAAAAAAGGACGAAAAGGAUGAAAAUGACGAAAUUCAACGAAGAAGGACGAAAAAAGACGAAAAAUGACCAAACGGACAAUAAAGAACGAAAAACAACGAAAAGGACGAAAAGAACGAAAAAGGACGAAAAGGACGAAAAUGAAGAAGCACGAAAAAGGACGAAAAAUGACGAAAAGGGACGAAAAAGCACGAAAAGAACGAAAAAAACGAUGAAGCACAAAGAAGGACGAAAAAGGACGAAAAGGGACGAAAAAGGACGAAAAGGCCGAAGCAGACGGAUAAGGACGAAAAAGGACAAAAAGGAUGAAAAAUACUAA